AUGCGUAAGGAUCUGCCUUCUCCUAGCGGGCACCUCAACUUGCGCUCCUCCCGUGGCAGAGCUGCCCAGGCUGCCCAGGCUGCCCGUGCUGCCCGUGCUGCUUUGCAAAAAAGCUCUGCUUCAACUCUGAACGCUCUUGGCUCUGCCGAGAUGCAGAGACAACCCAGUACAACGACCAACAACUCUUCAAGCGUGUUAUCUGAUUCUCAGAAUUCAGUACUACGCCACUCUGUGCGUGAGCCUCCAUCAAAUGCUGAGACACCUGAGUGGAAAAAGAGACUGGAAAAGGGAGAAGAGCUCACUAGCGAUGGAUUCGAUCUCUUCUCCCCAUCCAAACUGGAAGGUGUUUUCAAGGAGCGAACUCCCACCCGUGUUCACUUCGAGGACGAGCUUGACAAGCCCGAUGAAAAGUCUCGAAGACCAUUCACACUCCCAGCAGCGCGCAACUCCUCACAACAGUUCAGCAGCUUCCGUUCUGCAAGACAACGUGCGAAUGACUUGGAAGUCGUCCACGAGGAAGAUGAGGAAGCCGUUUCUCUUUCUUUCGUGCGAAAACGACCUGUUGAUCCCAACUCAUCAUCUCUAAGUCCUUCUAGCAGCGUUUACCCAAUGAAGGCUUCAUCCUUCCGUGACCCUAGAUGGAGAACCACCAGCGGCCAAGAAGAGAUGAAGAAUGAAACAAUCAGCCCUAUCACUAUGUCGAAGCAAGAUUUGAUCUGUGAAGCUGCUGUUUUCCAGACACUCAAUUCUCUCAAACAGGACGUUGAGCGACUCGAAGCGAAGAUAGGAAUCGCGGCUCCCAGUACAGAUGCUCGUCCUUCAUCUAGCUCUAGCGACAAGGAGAUCAGCUAUGGUCAUAUCAGUCCACCAACUGACCAAGACAUAACGUCUUCGUCGCUACCAGAUGACCUUUCCAUGGGUACUGAAGGUUUCUCAACCUACAAGGCCAUCCAGAACCACAAGAAGGCCAUGCUUGCUGCAAGUGACGUCUCUACACUUGGACAAGAUGUCAGCUCCAAUGACGAGUCCUCCCAACUUGUCUCUUCACAUUGUGCUCCCAUCCGCAUCAAUGUCUCUGGAGGCCGUGCCUCAAUUACCAUCAACAGCUCGCCGCCACGGUAUUCACGCCUAAGCGAUGAUAACAUUGAUCACGGUCACAGCAGCAAAAGUGCACCGGGCACCCCAGCAGAUACAAGUAUCAUCCAUCAUCUUGACGCACAUAUCAACAGUUCCCCACCACAGCACUCAGAACUGCGAGAUGGUAACAUCGACUCCAGCCACAGCAGCAAAGGUGCACCUGACACUCCAGUAGAUGCAAGCGUCAUCCGUCACGUAGAUGCGCGUGUCAACAGCUCUCCACCACCGCAUUUACGACUGAGCGAUGGUAAAAUCGAUCUCAGUCACAGCAGCAAAAGUGCACCUGAAACCCCAGCAUAUGCACGUGUCAAGCCUUCACCAUCUGGAAGUCCUUUAAAGCUGUUCGGAAAUCGCGACACAUACACUAACAAUAAGUUGAACCGCAUCCUGAGCAAAUUUGAGGAAGACCCAGACAGUACGUUUGACGACCUCGGCGCUAAGCUCGCCGCAAAGGCCGCAAAGGCAGAUGCUGCAAUCAAUGCGAGUCAGUUUGGUGAUGGUGCUUUGGAUGAUUUUACUUUCGAAAAAGAGGUUCCUCGACCCUCGUUGAACUUGCCAGAGUUUAUGAACCCAAAUGUUCGCGUCUACAGAGCUCCAGAGCCAAACGUUGUUAGUGCCGCAAUGGCUGCUCUUCUAAAGGACUCUACAGAUGCAAUAGGGUUCAAAGUCGAUGUGUCACCGGAGCAAGUCGCUGCAGCUCCAAAAAUUGACAGAACGACCACAAAGAGGCGUAAGACGCUUCGAGAUGGUCAGAUUUCUGUCAAAAACCAAAACAUCGAGGUCCAGGUGGCAGCACCGACCACCAAGCCCACACAUGACAUGGAGUACGACUCCGACUCAUCAAAGGAGCCUUUCGAGAGGCCGCCGUCAAGAGAAGGCAGCCGUCGUCCGCGUCGAAACCGGAAUCCUAACAUUUCUAAACACACUCCUGAGGUCGCAAGCUUCCUCAACAAAUUCAGGGAACCUUCCGGUUCAGACUUUAGGGAUGUGCUCCUGGAGACCGCCCCUGAAGCUAAGCUUCCAGAAAUCAAGCUCCCUGAAGUCGAAGCCAAACUCCCUGAACGACAGGAGGCCGCCGACAUCACCGACAUGAGUGUAGUGCCCGUGUCAAAACCAGCUAUCCAAGUGACACCAGCUCCAAAGGCAAGCAUCCUGUCCUUGACUCCCCUUUCGGAGUUCACACUCCAUCAAACUGAUUCUGGCAAGAAUCAAAGUUUUGUUCAAGAACGUCACCAUCCUUCAGCACUCCGACAAGCGCAUGGUUCUAUGGCUCUCUCCGUUGAUGCACUUGUGAAGGUCGUCACCGAUGCUGUAGGUGAUACCUUGUUUUGGGAUAAGCUCCGAAAAAUCAACAUUGCACCAGGAAAGUUGGCAUCCGUUCACAAGUUGAAGGAGUACCUUCCACGUGUUACAGAGGUUUCGCUUCCUGAGAACAUGGUUGAGCAUGUCGAAGGUCUGCCUGGUUGUGUCCGAACCUUGGACAUGCACAACAACAUGUUGAGCGACUUGACAUCUUGGAGUCAUUUGACUAAUCUACAAUAUCUAGAUGUGUCUGGUAACAAGCUUGAGAACCUCGAUGGAUUCUGCUCUUUGACACAUCUUCGAAGUUUGAAGGCAAACAACAACCACAUCACCAACAUUACUGGCAUUUUCAAACUCAGAGGCCUUCUCCAUCUUGAGGUUCGUGACAACAAAAUCUCAGCAGUCAAUUUUUCAGAGGCCAAGCUACGUCGUUUAAGGACUUUGGAUCUCAGCCACAAUCAACUCAAAGAAGUCCUAAAUCUCCACAAGCUUCAGGAUCUACAGGAGGUUGAUAUUAGCCAAAACGCAAUUGAGAAGUGGCUACCUGAGAAGUCAGCUCAUCUCUAUGGUCUCCGCAAACUCACAGCAUCAAACAACAUGUUGACAAGUAUCAACUUGAAAUCUAUGCCUAUGCUCAAGUGUUUGGAUCUUGACUUCAAUUCUAUCAACGAGAUUCCAGAAUUGUCAGCUGCAUUCCAUCUCGAAUUGUUGUCAUUACGAGAUCAAGCUGAUGCUCCAAACAUUGUUGAUUUCAUUUUAUCAACUCCCAACGAAUGCCGUCAAAUUCGGCUUUCAUCCAAUACAGUAGUGGAUGGCUCAUUCACUCUACCGAGCCUGCCACACUACAACCUCCGAGCAUUGGAGCUAGCAGCUUGUGGCAUUUCAGAUCUUCCAGAAAAGUUCGGAUCAUACUUCCCCAAUUGUCGUCAACUGAACCUGAACUAUAAUGCCAUCAAGGAGCUAUCACCGCUCCGAGGCAUGCACAAGCUGACACACAUGUUUGCUGCACAAAACCGUAUCUACAGAAUGAGACGAACAUGUGUCUUGCUGGGAAAACUCCCUGCUUUGCGAGAAAUUGACAUGCGCGAGAAUCCCCUGACAGUAGGAUUCUACUGCCCUGCGUCUAUGGAUGGCAUCUCCCAGCCAGCCAGAGAAGACGCAACAUACCGUCUACCCCUAGGGUCUCCAAAGAGCGACCCUAGCUGGCUCAAACGACUAGACGACACAACAUCUAUGAGAAGACGCGCCAUGGAAGCGCUCCUGGCAGAAAACUGCAACAAUCUCGUGCAGCUUGAUGGCAUGCAAUUGCGUCGAACAGAAUUAAUGACCAAGAACGAUAAAGAAUGGACAAGACUUACGGAGCGAGGUGUCCUCGCUGUUCCAUGCUUUGCAUGA